CCAACGGUGCCAUUAUACAAGUCAGGAAGUAAAGGUUAGUAGGGUGGCAAGCAUCCUAAAAGUUUGCUGGUUUACUUUCCUCCCACUCCUCAAAACUAAGCCUCUUGGCCCCUCUCCACAUUUUCUGAUCAUCACCUCUAUAGAUCACUUAAAAAGCUUGCAGUAGAAAUGGCCCCGGGAGUGCCCUUGGACGUCUUUUCAACCUCGGGCAAGGUUAACGGAGGCUACUCGAAGAAGGCUUACGUAACAUUUUUAGCUGGUAAUGGUGAUUACGUUAAAGGGGUGGUUGGAUUGGCCAAGGGUUUGCGCAAGGUCAAGAGUGCAUACCCUCUUGUAGUUGCUAUCUUGCCCGAUGUGCCUGAGGAACACCGAGAGAUUUUGAGGUCCCAAGGUUGCAUUGUUCGGGAGAUCGAGCCUAUUUAUCCACCACAGAACCAGGUUCACUUUGCCAUGGCCUACUACGUCAUCAAUUACUCCAAGCUUCGUAUAUGGAACUUCGAGGAGUACAGCAAGAUGGUGUAUUUGGAUGCGGAUAUUCAAGUGUACGAGAACAUAGACCAUCUUCUUGACACACCAGACGGCUACUUCUAUGCUGUAAUGGACUGCUUUUGCGAGAAGGUAUGGAGCCAUUCACGCCAAUACUCUAUUGGUUACUGCCAGCAGUGCCCUGAUAAGGUGACAUGGCCGGCGGAGAUGGGAUCUCCUCCUCCUCUGUACUUCAACGCCGGCAUGUUCGUGUUUGAGCCUAGCUGUUUGACUUACGAUAGCCUGCUUGAGACUCUGCAGAUCACCCCACCAACUCCAUUUGCAGAGCAGGAUUUCUUGAAUAUGUUUUUCCAAAAAGUGUACAAACCCAUCCCUCUCGUAUACAACCUGGUUCUUGCAAUGUUAUGGCGCCACCCAGAGAAUGUGGAGCUUGACAAGAUAAAGGUGGUCCACUAUUGUGCAGCUGGAUCAAAACCAUGGAGGUACACAGGAAAGGAGGCGAACAUGGACAGAGAGGACGUCAAGAUGCUAGUGGCAAAAUGGUGGGACAUUUACAACGAUGAGUCUCUGGAUAUGAAUGCAGAUCAAAACCCAGUUCCAGAGGCAGACCAAACGUUUUCAUCAAAGCCAUCAAUCAUGGCUUCACUGCCUGACCCUGCCGUUUCCUACAUUCCUGCACCCUCUGCUGCUUAAAGGCCUAAAUUAAAAGACACCGUCUUAAAGUAAAGUUGCUGUAAUAUUAUUUAUUCCUAUCUUUGGGGGUCUGCUUGGACAACUGUUCGUUAUAAAAGGGUUUUGUUUUAGUUAU